UCAAGCCCCACCCCCUUUUCCAGCACAUAAACAUCUAGUCUCACUGAAUAUCCACUGGAGAAGGGAAGUUUUGCGUGCACAAGCUAGCAAAGACUAGCAACACUGCUGAAAGGGAGCCUCAGAGGAGAGGAUCUUGGAGGAAAGUGACAAUGGACCUGAUCCCAAGCUUUUCCACAGAGACCUGGGUUCUCCUUGCUGCCAGCCUGGUGCUGCUCUAUCUAUAUGGGACCUCUACACAUGGAUUUUUUAAGAAGCUGGGCAUCCCUGGGCCGACACCUCUGCCUUUUCUUGGAACUGUUCUGGGCUACCGUAAUGGUUUUUGGGAUUUUGACAAGAAAUGCUUCCAAAAGUAUGGAAAUAUGUGGGGGUUCUAUGAUGGUCGACAACCUGUGUUGGCUGUCACAGAUCCAGACAUGAUCAAAACAGUACUUGUGAAAGAAUGUUAUUCUGUGUUCACAAACCGGCGGGUAGGCAUCCAUUGUUUUAAAUUUAAAAUGUGUUUAUUUAUUUGUUUGUUUGUUUAUUUAAUUUUAAUUUUGAAAUAAUAAUGGAUAAACAGAAAGUUGCCCAAAACUCCAGGAAGGUCCCAUGUCAUGUACCCUUAUUCU